CGUGGUGGGAUUGUCGCUCUUGACUGAAUCGGGUCCGCCUCACGUGGACAGUCUGUCAAGGAGGGAGGAAGAAGGCAGAGCGAGCGGUAGAGAUACUCUCGUGUCUCUCCUCUCCGGGAGAAUAGCAAGAGGGACAGUGUGGCCUCCUCCUUCCGACCUCUUCUUCUCGCUUCUACCUUGCUCGCGCUUCUGAUCGCUCGCCAUUGGCAUUGUCUCCUCUUCUUUUACCGUCCCUCUCGCUCUGUUUGUCUGAAGGGAGAGACCUGCUUCUCUCUGUCGAUUUCUCUGCUCCGAGUCGCUCGGACGUGCACAUAGACUCAAGCACGCUUUCUCGGCAAUGGCGUCUCUUCUGGAAUCGGGAUGGCUGUAUCUGAUCACACAUUUCAGUGACUUUCAACUUGCGUCACUUGGAAGUUUCCUGCUUCAUGAAAGCAUCUUUUUUCUGUCAGGCCUUCCAUUUAUAUUCAUUGAAAGGACUGGGUUGUUAAGCAAAUACAAGAUUCAGAACAAAGUUAAUACCGCUGCUGCACAGGAGAAAUGCAUCCUAAAGCUGUUGCUCUACCACUUCUGUGUGAACCUUCCACUUAUGAUGGUUUCAUAUCCCGUCUUUAGAUUCAUGGGGAUGCGGAGCACACUUCCAUUGCCAUCCUGGAAAGUGGUUGUGCCACAGAUAAUCUCUUAUUUUGUUCUGGAAGACUUUGUCUUUUACUGGGGUCACAGGAUUUUACAUACCAAAUGGCUGUACAAGCACGUGCAUAGCGUACAUCAUGAGUAUGCAACACCUUUUGGAUUAACUUCAGAAUAUGCUCAUCCUGCUGAAAUAUUGUUCCUUGGGUUUGCUACUAUUGUUGGGCCAGCCAUCACUGGGCCUCACCUGUUUACCCUUUGGCUGUGGAUGAUGCUAAGAGUCCUGGAGACAGUAGAAGCACAUUGUGGCUAUGAUUUCCCGUGGACUCUAUCAAAGGUGCUGCCAAUAUAUGGAGGGGCUGAUUUCCAUGACUAUCAUCACCGUUUGCUCUAUACCAAAUCAGGCAACUACUCAUCAACAUUCACAUACAUGGAUUGGUUAUUUGGUACAGACAAAGGUUACCAGAAGCUGAAAGCACUGAAGAAAGAAGAGGAGUCCACAUAAAUAACCUUUCGAAGUUUGAAUGCCUCUGGGGUUAGUGUUGGAUUGGAAAUGCUGGCGAGAUUGGUCCUGGAAUAUGUAGAAGUUUAUGCAGCUUGGCUUGAAGGUUGGCAUCUUUUAAGAAGGUUUGUUUUAGAGACUUUUAUAUGCAUGCAUGCGUGUACGCCUGUCUGUUGGAAAAUGAAAUCUUCAUUUUGCCUUUCUGAUCUGCACUAAUUCGUUGCUUGGGUUUGAUCGUGGUGAAAGUGUAUCCGUCUAUGACCUAACUUCCCUGCAUAAAUGUGAAUUAAUUUCUCUAGUCAAAUAUUUAUUGGUACUUCUA